CUGAUCCUUCUGGCUGUUGUUGAUGCCUGAAGUUGCUGUUGUUUGGACACUGUGUCGCUCUUAUCUGCUCCUGACAUUGAAGACACAUUAAACCCGAGACAGGGACACGGACACGGUGGGCAUAUACCUGCGGACGAGCUUAUGAGUAACAAGGGAACCGUCUCACAGGGAGGACUUUAAAUUCGCGCACUAGCGGCAGAAGAGCUAGCGCCAAAGCUUGAACCUUCGGUGAAGAGAAGAAAGAAAAGCAGUAAAGACAGCCGACGGCUUGGCUUGCUUUCUUUGUUUAUGUCGUUCCAGUCUGAACCGUGAUAAUAAUCUUCUUUGUCUUGAAUUUAAAAUUUGUUUUGCACAUUUAUUUAUAUUUAUACUUUACACGGAGGGGGCAGCUAGCACGGCAGCUAACGUUAGCCCAUAGCGCAAAGAAACAGUCUUGUUGUCAAGCUUUGAUGCUUUCGUAACCGCCGACAGCUACAGGUAACGUUAGCUAACAGUGAGAAUAGUCGGGUUUGGAGAAAUAAUUUUCGUACCUCUGUAUUUUUGUAGGUAUUUGUCACUGGAUCAGGUGCUCUGUUGGAGACACUGUAGCCGAGCAAGUUGAUGCCCACUCGUUAAAUUGAAGCCUGUUUGAUACGUUUGUCUCUACUGAACAAGUUUGACAUAUCUGUUUGUUUAUUCCUGACAUUGAAUCGAGGGAGUUCAGGUUUCUUGUUUCUUUUUUUUUAUCCGCAUCGAUUUUAAACCACACAAACAAGCAAUAGGUUGACUGACAGUUGGCCUUGUACGUUUUAGAUUGGCUGGCAGGUUGCGUAAUUUGUUUGUGUGCGAGCUGUCAGCCUUCGCUGGGUAACUUGUUAAACUGUUAUUUAAACCAUAUGUAUCUCUGUAAGCAUUAGGUGGCGGUGUGGGUUUCAUUUUGAUCAUUUAACACCUUUUAUCAUUCUUCUUUAGGGCCGUUUUAAUGUCAAGAACAUAUGACAUGUGAUAAAGUGCCCACGGUUUACUGUAACCCCACAGAUAGCUGUUUGAUGACCACACUCAUGAAUUUGGUAGCUUUGGAAGUAGAUAGAGUAAUGAAUUAAAGUGGCCAUCUGAAACUAUUGUGAGACAGAGCUUGAUCAGGGAGAGACAGGCGAAGAGAAAGGGUCCCUCAGAGGGUCCCAUUGUGUCUUGAGGUGAGGUGAGCUGCCCCCCACUACUUGCCAAUGCUGGAUCUGGAGGUGGUGCCUGAGAGAUCACUAGGAAAUGAGCAAUGGGAAUUCGCCUUAGGGAUGCCAUUGGCCCAGGCCAUCUCUAUUCUGCAGAAACACUGCCGCAUCAUCAAAAAUGUCCAGGUGCUAUACAGUGAACAGACACCACUCAGCCAUGACCUCAUACUGAACUUGACUCAGGAUGGGAUAAAACUGCUGUUUGAUGCCACAAAUCAGAGACUAAAGGUGAUUGAAGUGUAUGACCUGAGCAAAGUCAAGCUGAAAUACUGUGGAGUCCAUUUCAACUCUCAGGCCAUUGCCCCCACAAUAGAGCAAAUAGACCAGUCAUUUGGAGCUACGCACCCUGGAGUUUACAAUGCUGCAGAGCAGCUGUUCCAUCUCAACUUUCGAGGCCUGUCCUUCUCCUUCCAACUGGACUCAUGGAAUGAAGCUCCAAAAUACGAGCCUAACUUUGCCAUGGGUUUGGCCUCCCUGCAGAUUCCACACGGGGCCAUGGUCAAGAGGAUGCACAUCUACACUGGCAACAACCUGCAAGAAACCAGAGCUCCGGCGAUGCCUUUGGCUUGUUUCCUCGGUAACAUCUAUGCAGAGUGUGUGGAUGUCCUGAGAGACCAGGCAGGACCUCUGGGGCUCAAACUCCACCUUCUCACUGCAGGUUGUGGCCCAGGUGUGAUGGCUGAUGCUAAAGUAAGGUCCCUAGAAAGGAGCAUCUACUUUGGUGAUUCCUGUCAGGAUGUACUGGGUGCUCUGGGCUCGCCACAUAAAGUCUUCUACAAAUCUGAGGACAAGAUGAAGAUCCACUCUCCAUCACCUCACAAGCAGGUUCCUUCUAAAUGUAACGACUACUUCUUCAACUACUUCACCCUUGGAGUGGAUAUCCUGUUUGACUCUACAACUCACCUGGUUAAGAAGUUUGUCCUGCAUACCAACUACCCCGGACAUUACAACUUCAAUAUAUAUCAUCGAUGUGACUUUAAGAUUCCACUAGUCAUUAAGAAAGAAGGAGCUGAUUCUCAGACGGAGGACUGCAUCUUAACCACCUACAACAAGUGGGAUCAGAUUCAAGAACUGCUGGGUCACCCAAUGGAAAAACCUGUAGUGCUCCACAGGUCCUCAUCAGCCAAUAACACCAACCCCUUUGGCUCCACCUUCUGCUUUGGACUGCAGAGGAUGAUCUUUGAGGUGAUGCAGAAUAACCACAUAGCAUCAGUGACCCUCUACGGUGCUCCGAGGACCGCCAGUCAAGCCCGACCUGAGUCCAGUAGUAGCUCCCACUGAACAAGUAACCAGAACCACAUCCCAUUCUGGCCUGUCCUGAAUCUAGUACCUCUUCUGACUGAACCUCUAACCCAGAGCCAGAUUCUUAACCAAGCAGACCUAAUCCAGAACAGCAAAGUUCUUCUUGCCCAGCUCAGAUACUAUUCAGUGAACAAAAACACCACUAGAACCAAGAAUAACCAAAACAAACUUUUCCUUGCGGGUCUUAAGACUUACUAUUCCAAUUAGACACACCCAGUCACACAGUCAACCUGACCCAGACCAUCCCUGGACCCAGUAUCUAGCAGCAUGGUCGCAGUGCUGGAGCACUGAUGCUUUGAAAUGAAACUAGUGAAAUUAUUUCUUGGUUAUGUGGGAAUCUUGCGGUGGUGCUGCAAACUGAUGGUGAAGAAAUCUGUGCUCUGGUAGAGCUCAGCUGUUUCCUGUUUCCGUCCAGUGACUGCAUUUGCCCAGGACCACAGAAGAAGAGUUUGUCCAUACUUUAAAUUGGAUGGCAUGGUUCCACCAGUAAGAUGUAGUGGCAGCCUGUAUAUGACAAUAACCUCCAUAGCAUUGUGGUGGUGAGAUGAUCAGCAAUCAAAUAUUAUCUGCAACAUAUCGCUAAGUGUUUUACAUCAAACAUGUAGUUGUGGAGUUAAAAUGGCCGCCAGUGAAAACCGCUGUGGCUAAAGCCUUGAAACAAACUCUGGCUUGACCCACUGAAUACACAUCUACCAACCACACUGCCAGCCCAACCAGUACCGUCAGUCUUCCUGCCGCAACUUCAGAACCAGACCCCGCUGGCUCAGUCAGCACCCGGGCACAUCUAAACCGCAAGAACCAAAACCAACCCAACCAAGAGCCAUCCGAGCCAAACACAUUUGAAGCUGCAGAGGACUGUAACCAAAAACAGCAAAACAGGAGAAUGCAGAUUUAGUCGUAUAAGAGCAGAACACACCCAACAACACCCUGGUGGCCAGAUAUGAAACCUCUCAACGCAGAACGAGCCAAACAUCCAACAUCAGCUCCCUCUCCCACCUCCCCACUCACUCCCCCCACAAGCUUCUUCACAACACGCAAGCACACAGCAGUAAACACUCUGUUAACCCACGGUCGUUGGGGGUCUGGACAUUGGCGACAUCUGUCUCCUUGCUUACACACACACACACACACAAACACCACACACGUAUAAAUGAGCAUCUGCAUGUGUUGGGCUGCUGAUUCUUAAACUGACGUUUCAACAGAUGUUUAAUUCAAGCACACAAACACACACAGCAUUUCAAUCCCCUCACUACUAUACUCACGUGCUUUUCUAAUACAUGAAAACUUGGCAACGUUUUUUGACUUAUUACAAGCACAAACUGGCAACCAGUUUUGUUUAUUUGAUCCUGCAUGUUGUGAGAGGCACGGGCUUGGAACACAGUCGUAUUAUUUUCCUCUGCCCAGCUUCAUUCAUUCACGCCAUGACCGUUUUCAUUGUGUUCUUUAUUUCUUUUUUCUUUUUUUUAAAGAAGCAGUUUUUACAUUUGCACUAAUACACAGCUUUUUUUUACUUGAUUGGUUGAUUGUGCCCUAUCUUCAGAGAUGGAUUUGUGGAGACAUUUGGAGAGAUAGGUGUGUGUGUGUGUGUGUGUGUGUGUGUGUGUGUGUGUUGUUUUUAUCCAUACAUUUGGACAGAGGACCGGUCCUCCCGUGGUGUAUGCAGUCAUGUCCCCUGUGUUCUACUCGUCUCCCUCUUUCUCCAUCUCUACAUCUGAUUCCUUAAUGCAUUUGCAAUUCAUUCCUCAGCAGUGUCUGCAUUUAUUUCUUUGUUGAAUUGCCAAAUGCUACAGCCAAAGACGUUUCAGGAUGAACUAAUUUGAUCUGCUGACAUUGUCACUGUAAUCUCUUGUCGAAACCUGUCCUGUAGAGAGAGUCAUAUUGGCAGACGUCUCCUUUCUCUUGCAUCUUGUGUUUCAAAUCUGCACGUCCAAGUCAUUGCUGUGGUAAAGCCUCUAAAUUCAGCUCCUUGUUUCUUUAACUGCUGACAGUAAUUACACGAGCCGUGAAUAGCUGACUUACGUGUUUUGAAACCAAUCGGCACGUCUUUCAUCUGGAUGUCCUUACAGCCAAGGACACAUUAAGAAUAGCAACAAGUGUCAUCCCUCUUGUCGUCUCUACUGUGAUUACUCUUGUCAGAGAGCUGUAAUUUUAAAGAAUUACCAUUAUUUCUCAGUGGAUUUAGUACAUUUUAACCCAUUUUGGAAAUGGGGAAGAACAUCUGUCAUUCCUUCAUCAAAACAUUUUUUUGCAUCUCCCUCCCAAUGUAUGAAUUUUUAAUAUUUUUAAUCAUAAGCAUUUCAAUAAACUGUGUAUUAAUUUUAAUACA